UGUUUUUAUUUCAGACGUACCAGUAGCAUCGCAACAAUGCCAACAUUAUGGGAGUCAAGCUUCAGUUACUGCUAGGGUUAAUUCUGUUUGGUUCAAUAUGCGGCUUAGAAGAGAAUACAACACAUUCCCAAAAUGUUUCGUUAGAAAAAGUAGAUAGCACAAUAAAUUCAAUUGAAAAAAUACCAAAGACUGAUGCCCGAAUUAAUUUAGUUAACAAAGAUACUCAAGAUUUCGCAGAUAGCGUUAAAUAUUCCGAAUACGAUUCGGAAAAAGAUACUCAAAGAAACCAAACGUCGAGCGAAGAGAAAAUAAAUAAAUAUGAUAGUAGCGAUAGCAAAGAGGACGAUAAAAGGGGGAGACAAAGUAAUUCGAGAUCCAUAGACAUAGAAAAAUUCGAUACGCACGAUUUUCAAAACAAUGAUUAUUCUUCCGAUAAUGAAAAACGUUUGGAGAACACCAUUCGUAAACCUUCAACUAAAAAUUUCAUCGAUUACCCAAUAUAUCCACUUACCACACCCAAAUCCUUUUUCGAUGCCAAAUUCGAAGAAGCGAAACAAAAAUUAGAACAGGAAUACGAAGAACAUUCAGAUGAUCAUCGUACAGAAGAUGAAAUUGAUCAUGAUCAUCGCAUUCGAAUAGACGAAUUAUUCGACGAAGCUAAAAACAAACCAAAUUCAACUUUAGCUUACAGAGAGAAAACCAAAAUUUCUAAAAACAACACUAUUAGCGAUGGAUCUGAAUAUAACGAAUUAAAAGUUGAGACAACACACAAUAUCAACUAUGAUUCAAUUUUAAAAUUUACAACUUCUGAUGAUGAUGAUUCGGAAAAGAUAGAAACGACUUCUCUUAAGCUGAAACUAGAAACAACAUCACCAAGAGGUUUUGUUGCGACGACAAGAAAAUCUGUACAUUUAACAAAAUCGCCUAUAAGUCGAAAUAACCAUAUUUUAAGCAACAAAAUUGAAUCUGAAACAAUCAAAGCUAUAAAUCUCUUAACCACGGAGUAUUCUACCACCAAAAGACUGAAAGAAGAAAAUGAUGUAAUACCAUUAGAACAAACCGUCGAAGAAAACAAAAUUAUACCUUUAGAAACAGUACCAUUUACAACUGAACAUAUAACAAAGGGCAGAACCGGAAUUCCAUUAGAUAAAACCACAGAACAGAUAGUUACGACUAUAAACUAUGCAGGUUUUACUGACACCACCGCGAGUUCCGACAAUUCAUCAACCACAGAACUAUUUGAACAGACAACGUUUGUUAGAGUUAAAGAAGAACAAGCAACUUACCAAGAAACUAACGAACCUGUUACAAAUAUAGAAACAACAAUCAAAACAGAACUGACUACUGCAGAACAAAUUAUUGGACAAGACGAUAAUCAAACAACUACAGAUCAAAUAUUUACUGUCUCUACUACAGAAGCAACCAAAACAACUCACAUUCCCUCAAUAGAAUCUACCACAGAAGCAACCAAAACUACUCACAUUCCCACAAUAGAAUCUACCACAGAAACAACCGAAACUACUAACAAUUCCUCAUCAGAAUCAACCACAGUCUUAACAACUAUACAAGAUUUAAUAGAACAAACAACUAUACCAGAUACAACUAGUACAGACGAGUAUACGACACAACAGAUUACAACAGAAAGUGUAAGCCGAAUUUCGAAAGCUUUCUCAUUUCAAUCAACGGAUACAGUUACCCCCGAAACAACAAAAAUAAUAACAGAUACAACUUCAGAUGUACCUGAAACAACAGAAGUAACAACAGAGAUAAUUAUGAAAAAAUAUCCAAUAGGCGAUAGUACCACUACAAGAGACAUUACCGUAAUUGAUAUAGGAACAGAUAAUGAAACAACGACAGAUGCAGUAACUAAAACUGAAAUUGUAACAACAACUAAACAUGUUGUAUCAAAAAUAUUUGAAACCACAACACAUAUUCCAAAGUUAGAAACUACGACUGUAGAAACAACUGAAAAAUCAAAUUUAUCAACAUUAACAAUGAAAGAAAACUUUACAACUUCUGUAACAGAUUCAGGAAGCACAAUUUUGAGUUAUCCAGAAAUAAAAGCUACUCCAGUUAUCCCCAUAUUUAGGAAUGGUUCCAGUGUUAGUGAAGACGCUUCAAUUUCUACGUCUACAGAGAGCUCUUCCGAAUCAUCUACAGGCACAGAUGCUGGAAAUCUAGGCGGUUCCGAGGAAAAUAAAGGAAAAAUAGCUGCUAUAAUUAUAAGUAGUGUAGGUGCCGUUUGCUUGAUUCUAUUGGCAGGACUUUUGUAUAUAAUGAGAAAAAGGCAGAGGAGGUUCAACUACAAGCAGAGGUGCAGGCCAGUUGGUUUAGACGAUUAUAGUGUAGACAAUGUUUCUGGAUUUAACAGCACUAGAAGGAAAGCUGAAAGACAAUCUAAGAGGUCAUAUGGGAAUCCAGCUUUUGAUGAUCCUGUUGCUGUUACCCAUCCUUUGAAUUUCCCGGCCCUCGCUAAGUUCGCUACAAACAAAGAGGACAUCAAAGCAGAAUUUGAAGAAAUACCACAGAUUAUAGCCAAAACGUAUGAACUACCAGAAGGAUGCGAAACGAAGAACAGAUACGCCAACGUUAUUCCGUUACCGGAGACCAGAGUAUUUUUGCAACCCAUCGAAGGUUAUCCCAACAGUGAUUACAUAAACGCUAAUUACGUGACGGGUCCGAAAAAUACAAAAGGGUAUUACAUAGCCUGUCAAGGUCCCAUGUCAAAUACAGUUGACGAUUUUUGGAGGAUGAUAUGGGAACAACAAACAAAAGUUAUUCUGAUGUUGACGUACUUUUUUGAAAAGGGCAUAGAAAAAUGCGUUGAUUACCUCCCACCUUCGGAAGUCCUGGAUUGUAAUAGAUUAUUCGGCGAUUUCCAGGUUACCCUGAAAAAGAGGGACGUUAAAGACAAAUACAUCAUUUCUAAUCUUCAGUUAAAGAAUAUGGUUUCAAACAGUUGGAGAGAAGUAACUCAUUUCUGGUAUAUGGGUUGGCCAGAGAAAGGUGUACCAGCUGAAGAAAAUUCAAUAAUAGCAUUUCUUAUUGAAGCCAGGAGUUAUAUGAAGUCAGCUACGUUAGAUAAGAAUUCAUCUAACGGUAACCUGAAUGGACUCGCCAAAAAUGAAAUAAAUCCAGUGGUAGUGCAUUGCAGUCCGGGAACGGGAAGAACCGGAGUCGUGAUAGCUUGUGAUAUAGCGAUCAGGGAAUUCGAGCAAACGAGAUUAGUGGACAUUCCUAAAAUAGUGUAUAGGAUAAGGAGAGAUAGAGCCAGUGCGGUACAGACCAAGGAACAAUACAUGUUUAUUUAUAAGGUUGUCAGCUUGUAUGCUACAAAACUGACGGGUGGAGCACUGGAAUCGUUUUAAGAUUUUAAGUAUUUGUUAUUGUAUAUUUAGAAAUGUUAAUAUAUGUUUUGUGAUACCUAGUGAAACUUGUUAAAUUUAAUUGUAUAUUAUUAGUGAAAUGUAUUUUCAUAAAAUCAUAUAGAUU